AUGAAAGACGUGAAACGACACUCGCUGGAAUCGUCUUUCUCGCGAGUUGAGGCGGUUAAGAAAUUGGAAAAUGUUCAGCGGAGAAGGUUGAAAAUUCGGCGAAUGAAGUAUAGCUGCCAAGCGAAGAUCCACGUCGGAGAUGACUCUGCCGGUGGGGAGGAAAAGGAGUUUCAUGAAUCGGUUGAGAUAUCUCUGUCGUUGGCGAGCUCGUCGUCGUCAUCGGAGGAAGAGGAUCGGGCGUCGAAGCGGAAUGAUGAAGAUGAAGUUAUAUCUUACGGUUCGGUGUCGGUGAUAGGGUGCAGGAAGGAAAUGGAGGAUGCGGUGAGUGUUGAGAAAGGUUUUACGGUGAAAGAAAAUCAGAAGUGUGAUUUCUUUGCUGUUUAUGAUGGUCACGGUGGAGCUCAGGUGGCGGAGGUUUGUAGAGAGAGGUUGCAUCAGGUUGUGGCGGAGGAGGUGGAGAGAUGUGGAAAUGACGUGGAAUGGGACUGGGAGAGAGUGAUGGAAGGGUGUUUUGGUAAAAUGGAUAGAGAGAUUGCGGGUAAUGCAGCGGUUAGGACUGUGGGGACCACGGCUGUUGUGGCAGUUCUGGCAACGAGGGAGAUUGUUGUUGCAAAUUGCGGUGAUUCUAGGGCGGUUAUGGGAAGAGGCGGCGAAGCUGUGGAGUUGUCGAGUGAUCAUAAGCCAGAGAGACCCGAUGAGUUGAUGCGGAUAGAAGAAGCUGGCGGAAGAGUCAUAAACUGGAAUGGCCACCGCGUUCUUGGUGUUCUUGCCACUUCACGAUCUAUAGGAGAUGAGUAUCUUCGACCAUAUGUGAUAUCAAAACCUGAAGUAACUGUAACAAAGAGAAGCAGUGAUGAUGAAUUUCUGAUACUAGCAAGUGAUGGUUUAUGGGGUGUGAUGUCCAGUGAAAUUGCGUGCCAAGUUGUAAGGAAAUGCUUCAAAGGGAAAAUAAGGAGAGUUUGUGAUGGGGUUGGGAAUCAGACUAGUCGUGCUGCUGAAGCUGCAGCAUUAUUGUCUGAGAUAGCAUUGGCAAAGGGUAGCAGAGAUAAUACCAGUGUUAUAGUUGUUGACCUAAGAGGAACAUUAACAUCUAGUUGA